UUGUGUCCUUGUUGCUUCAGUUAUGGGAAAAUCCUACGAAAAUUAUAUGUCCAAAAAGGAUUUCCAUCCGACAAACUUGGAUAAUUUGAAACGAAAAUGGAUGGCUGAACAGCGACACGAUGAAUCGAAGCGAAAAGAAGAAGAAAUGCGAAAGCAAUACGAAAAAGAGCAAGAGAUUUACAACAACAAGGUUUUAAUGGGAAAUGAAAAGGCAAAGCUGGGUUUGAAUUUUAUGUACGAGCCGCCUCCAGGGGCCAAAAAGGAUGAAACAGAAAUGGAAAAAGAGCAGGAGUUCAAGUUUGAAUGGCAAAAGGUUGCGCCGCGUGAGAGCUAUGUGAAAAAUUCAGACUGGGUAAACGAUCAACCUUUUGGUAUUUGUGUACGCAACGUUAAAUGCAUGAAAUGCAAACAAUGGGGUCAUAUCAAUACUGACAGAGAGUGCCCAAUGUAUCAGAAAAGUUUGGAAAUGACACCUGAGGCAGUCAAAGGUUUGGAUACUUCUCAACUGCAGACGUUAAUGGCGGAGGAGGGUUAUAGACUGAAACAAUCGGCAUCCGAAAAGGCACCUGAUCGAAAUUUUGUUAUUGCCGAUAAGAAGUCAGAGCAGGAAGAAAUGAAGAGAAUGCUGACCCAAUUAUCGAACAAGCAAAAAUUGAAGCUACUGAAGAAACUGGGAUUGUCAGAUGGUUCAUCAAGUGAAAAGAAAGAGAAGAAGUCCAAAAAAAGUAAAAAGUCAGAAUCUUCGUCAUCUAAGUCUGAGAGGAAGAAAUCUCACAAAAGGGAAGAGAAGCUCAAAAGAAAGGAAAAAAGACAACGAUCUAGAAGUAGAUCUGAAGGGAAAAUCAGAGAUCGUAAAAAGCAGAGACAUGACUCUUCAAGCUCUGAAUGAUGUUAUUUAGGAUAUCGAUUUUUUCGUUGAAUUAGUUAGACUUAAUUCAAAAACUUGUGGACCGAUUUUUGCAUAUACAUGUGCAAUUGCAUCUUUAGUCUUUAAUGUAGCAGAUGUUACGAAGUUUCUGAAAGUUUCUAACGACGACGUUCGACGAAUUUUAAAAUAAGUCAUUCCGUUCCAAGAAAAAAAUGAAAGAAAAAGAGAAAGAACACAGAUCAAGCUUGAGCAAUCCAGUAUAAUCAUACCAGAGGACUAAAAUAAAUCAAGACAAGAAGGCAGUCAAUUAUUUUGUUGUCAUCUUAUGCUUUCCUUAUAAAUUUCAGUCAAAAGUUUCUCACCGUCAUUAUCUGCCCUUUGAAUUGAAUAUCAGUUUCAACAGCAA